GGGGCGCGGCGCGGUGCGGGGCGAGCGCGCGGGGCGCAGGCGGCGGAGUAUGCGCGGGCCUCGGCGGCCAGCCCCGGCGCACAGCCGCGGCCGGGGCGCGCGGCGCGGGGCGGAAAAGCCUGUUUACACAGACUGCACACCGCCUGGGGAAUAAUGCAGUAAAGGAAGUGAGCCGGCUCGGCCUGACUGCUCCAACUUCCUGCUCUCACACACACACCAGAGGAAAAAAAAAAAAAAAAAAAAGAGGAGCGAGAGAAAGAAAAAAAAAAGGGGGAAAAAUCAGGAUCUCAUUACAAGAGCAACAGACCGUCUGCAGACGCCUGUCAGCAUGGAAAGUCGGGGGCUUUCGCCCGGUUCCUCCUAGAAAUUCCCCCGAAGAAGGAUCUUGAAAGCUCCCCCACAUCUGGGUAUGGAGAGCGCGAUCACGCUGUGGCAGUUCCUGUUGCAGUUGCUGUUAGACCAGAAGCAUGAGCAUCUGAUCUGCUGGACCUCCAGCGAUGGCGAAUUCAAGCUCCUCAAAGCGGAAGAAGUGGCCAAACUGUGGGGACUCCGCAAGAACAAAACAAACAUGAACUACGAUAAGCUGAGCAGAGCCCUUCGAUACUACUACGACAAGAACAUCAUCAAAAAGGUGAUUGGGCAGAAGUUUGUGUACAAGUUUGUCUCUUUCCCGGAGAUACUGAAAAUGGACCCUCACGCGGUGGAGAUCAGCCGGGAGAGCCUUUUGCUGCAGGACAGCGACUGCAAGGCGCCUCCCGAGGGCCGCGAGGCACACAGACACGGCUUGUCAGCCCUCAAAAGCGCAAGCCGCAACGAAUACAUCCACUCAGGCCUGUACUCGUCCUUCACCAUUAAUUCCCUGCAGAACCCACCAGAAUCCUUCAAGGCAAUCAAGACAGAGAAGCUGGAGGAGCAGCCAGAAGACAGCCCUCCCGUGGAAGAAGUCAGGACUGUCAUCAGGUUUGUGACCAAUAAAACCGACAAGCACACCAGCAGGCCCGUGGUGCCCCUGCCCUCCACCUCUGAGGCCUUCCUGGCCUCGUCCGCCUCAGCCAAGGUCUCCUCUUUAAUGUUGCCAAAUGCCGCCAGCAUUUCGUCCGCUUCACCCUCCUCGUCUCGGUCCCCGUCCCUGUCCCCCAGCUCGCCCCUCCCUUCUGAACACAGAAGCCUCUUCCUGGAGGCCGCCUGCCAUGACUCCGAUUCCCUAGAGCCCUUGAACCUGUCAUCGGGCUCCAAGACCAGGUCUCCAUCUCUUCCCCCAAAGGCCAAAAAACCCAAAGGCUUGGAAAUCUCUGCGCCCCCGCUGGUGCUCUCUGGCACUGACAUCGGCUCCAUCGCCCUCAACAGCCCAGCUCUCCCCUCGGGAUCCCUCACCCCAGCCUUCUUCACCGCACAGACACCAAAUGGAUUGCUUCUGACCCCGAGUCCACUGCUAUCCAGCAUACAUUUCUGGAGCAGCCUUAGUCCAGUUGCUCCUCUGAGUCCUGCCCGGUUGCAAGGGCCAAACACGCUGUUCCAGUUUCCAACACUGCUUAAUGGCCACAUGCCAGUGCCAAUCCCCAGUCUGGAUAGAGCUGCUUCUCCAGUACUGCUUUCUUCGAACUCUCAGAAAUCCUGAUGACAUCUGGCCACAAUUAAAGACUUAUUAACUGAUGAGACAAAUUUGUCCCCCUGGGCUAGUUUACCUGUGUCAUGAGAAGGACAUUGUGAAACCCUAUGUUAAUUUGGUUUGCACUUUUCAUAACAUGGAUGGUCUAGAUUUAUGUUAGCAUUUUUAAAACUUUUUUUUUUUAUAUUCAAGUAUAUAUGAAGAUCUGUUUGGCAUUAAGUGAAUUUUAAUGUUUUUGUUUUAUAUCUUCUUAGCUCUUAAGUGUUGAACACUGUUGACAGUGAAGAACUUUUAAUGGUUUUCAGUAUAACUAAUAAGGAUGUGAAGCUUUUUUUCUCUUUAAUUCCGCAUACGCUGAACUAUGCUUAUAGACACUAUAACCAGCUGUGCCUUCCUUUGCAUUUAGUUUUAUGUAAAUGAUUUAUAUAUUUUUUAGUAUUAAGAGAAAAUGUUUGAAAGACAAAAAUUAGUAUCAAACAGCUCUCUAGUAGAAUUUCAUUAUUUUCCACAAGUAGGCAACAUGAAAGCAUAUUCAUAUUUUUCCUUUUCGCUUUCAAUUGUAUAAGAAUUGCCUUAGAACCUCUUUUGAACUGAAAUUCAGUAAAUGUCCAAGUUAAUGUUUUUAUAAAAUAAACUAAGCCAUAUUUAGAAAAUAAACAUUCAUAAAAGAAAAUGUUCUAAAGUGCAUUUUUUAAAAAAUGAACUUUGAAAGGCUAGCCACCUGUUUACAAUCUUUUAGACUCCUCCCAAGCAUAAACCGGAGAUGGAAAUCUACAUCAAGUUCACUCUACCCAUGCCCUUGAAAUAUCUAUGUAAGCAUGUUCUUAUUUCAAAAAAUCAGCUGUGGGUCUCCCAGUUUCCCUAGAGAAUCACACCCCUGAUAUAUUUCCUGUACCAUUAUGAGUUAGGGUAAACCCCUACAACCAUAAUUAACAUUUAAAAUACCUAUGCUUUGGAAGAGGCUCACAGACAACAAUUUUAGAACACCAAGUAUCUUCAUGUGUACAGGCAUAGCCUUGCCUGUGAAACUGAGAGGUAGGAUACAUUGCUUUAUGUAUUACUACGUUUAUGGGGAGAAUGGAGGAAACUGGAUACAAGAAAUAUAAAAUUCUUCAGGAACCUCAUCAUUAUGGAACUGAAUUAGUAACAAUUUGGAGCACUCAGCAGUUAACUCUCUUGUGUAGCACAGUUUAGAGCAGUGAUAACAAACAUCAGGCACCACUCUAAGGCACUGUUCUGUACACGAGGUAGGAAAAUUCUAAUGUGGAGAGAACUGGAAAGUGUCCGGCACUUUCAAGAUCAGAUGAUCAUCCUGAACUGUAAGUAACCAAUUUGAAAUAUGGCUAAAUGACUCCAAAGUAGGUGUUAAGUGGCAAGGAUUAUGAAAAAGCAUAAAAAAUAAAGCUUGUGAAAACAAACAUUUCUGCAAUUUUCUAAAAAUCUUGAGAUUUUUCAGUUGGAAUUAAGCAUCUCUGUACAUCUCCAAUAUACAACUCUGGAUAUAAAUUCCCAAAUCCACAGACACUGCUGUCACUCCCUCAUAGGCUGAGGAAAAUUCUGUACUAAAAUAAAAGAGCUGGUCUGGGGAACUGAGAUGUACCCAACAUGAAAUGCUACAGGUAGAGGGGGCCUUUGAGAAUACUUCUCACCACUGUUUCUAGAUAAGGCAAUUACACAAACUGGGAGCUGCCUGAGGCCACACAGCUCAUUAAAGAUAGAACAGUGACUGGUGCUCAGUCCAGUUAUGCUUUUCCACUCCUGGCUGUAACUAACUACUGGCCCCAAGCUGUAUGUUAGAACAUUAAAAAAAAUUCAUCGGAUAAGUGAAGAACAUACCCCAAAUGGAAGAUUCUUACAGAGAAAGUUAAUCAAUGUACAAAAACUUCAACCAAAAAUAUUUUUAAGUGUAUAUGCUGAUUGGAAAUAUUCAAAUGACUAUAAACCCAAUUCCUAUAUUUCCUUCCUUGAAAUACUAUGGACUCUAGCUGUUUAUUAGAAACGGAAAAACACCAUAAUUUUUAUGGAUCAGAAAACUAUGACACAAAUAGAGAAUUGGAGGUAUUGAAAUGUAACUCUUAUAGCUCUGCCUCAUUCUGUGUGUGUGUGUGUGUGUGUGUUUUAACAGUUAUUUUAGUCAGAGAAUAGAUUUCAAAGAACAUAUUAAAUAACUUUUUCCUUUUUAUUGUCUGCUUGAUCAGUGUUAAACUACUACUAUAGCUAAGGUUUUAUAGAACUAUAACCUAAAUGUUGGUCUCUUUGUACACACCUUUUCUAUGAGUGCAUAUCUUCAUUCACUUUCAUAUAUGUAUCAAUUUUACUAUUAUUUUUGUUCAAUAAAUACUUUGUGAUAAAAGGUGCAA